AUGCAACCAAACAUGACCGGUGCAAUAGAAGCUACGCUGAUGUUGGCCGCCAUCAUCGUCAUAGCCGGAAUCGCGGGAGCGGAAGCUGAAGCGGCCGCGGCGCCGCAACUAUUGCAGUCGUUACAUGUUCAGGCUGCUCAGUUCGGGCCGGAAGCCAGGGCCGGAUACGCAGCCGGUUACGGUUACGGUGGCGUCCAGGUGCCGGUGGCCGUCCAAGCCGCGGCCGCGGUCGGCAAGUCAGUGCACCUUCACCAGCAGUACCAGCAACAGCACCAGCAGCAACAGUACUACGCAGAUGCACCACCGGCGGUUGUCGGUUACGUGCCGUCGGCCGUCUACAAGCCGGACCUGUCGGCAUACGCUUACGGUGCGUCGCCGCACGUGGAACAGCUGCGCCGGUUCGACCCGGUCGUCCGGCCGGUGCACACAGUAGUGCCGAAGGUGACGGCCGUCGAGCCGUCGGUGACCGUGCAGAAGACGUACGUGGAUGUGCCCAUCCUGCACCACCAGGCAGACCACCGCUUGACGUACGCCGCCGCAGGGCCAGCCGUGGUGGUGCAGGCCGACUACGCUUCGCCGUACUACAACUAUCAGGUGGUCGACCGAUGA